AUGUUUGAAUCGAUCUGGGGUACACCACUCUACGCAGCGAGUAUGAACGGUCACGUCGAAGUUAUGAAGCUACUCAUUACGAGGGGAGCUAACGUCAAUACCCACGUUCCAAAAAAGGGAUCAGCCCUAUUCGGAGCAGUUUGGGGAGGAAGCAUCGAAGCCGUAAGCCUACUUCUCGGCCACGGCGCUGAUAUUAACGGUGAAAAUGUGCGCUAUUUACUUCAGAACGGCGCGGACCCGGACCAUACUCUGCAGAAUCCUUCGCGGCAUUUCAUUCCUCCUUUACACAUCACUGUCUACUUAAACAAUCUAGAAAUAGUCAGGACUCUCCUUGACUAUGGCGUUCAAGUUGAUGCGUGGCACUGGCGUGGAAUUACUGCACUUGAGUUGGGUGUGGCACGAGGCAGUUUGGAAAUUCUAGAUCUACUUUGCUUCAGAGGCGCGACCUUAGAUAGAUGUGGCCAGAGACCUUAUUUUGCUCUCUAUCUUGCCAUUACCAAUGAACAGCACGAUACUAUAAAGUGGUUGUUGCAGAAAGGUACCGAUACCGGCGUUGACAGAAGCGUGGCUCUUUAUCUCGCAGCCCACGAAGGCGUUUCUUCAGUUAAACGCAAUCUCCUUGCGUACUUCAAACUUGGCACUGACGCGAAGUGUCCUGAAGUUGACGGCACGUGUGACGGAGGGAAAACACCACUUCAUGCUGCAGUCGAGAAAGGGCAUCUUGACAUCGUGAAGAUGCUAGUUGAAGCUGGUGCCGACAUCAACGCUGAAGACGAUAUGUCUAAAACACCUUUAUUCUAUGCCCGUAUACAUGAGAACAAGGAAAUAGGAGAGUUUCUACUGGAGAAUGGAGCCCUGCAACUAUCUACAUCGCCUAGAUCUAUAUUUAGAGCCCUAGCCCUGAGGAUAGGGGAACUCUUCGGGGUUUUAAGCACUUGA